AUGCCGGCUGCUCCCAGAAACCCCGACACACGGCCGCUUCCUGAAGGUUGGGCUGAGCACUUCGACUCCCAGCGCAAAUUAUGGUACUAUAUUGACCUAAAUGCCUCAACGCCUCGCGUAACUUUUGUCCAUCCCUGUGAUGGGACGCACCCUGCGAGUGCCCCAGUGAAGCCUCCACGGGAGCAUGGGACGUACGGACGGCUCGCCAUUCGACCUGUAGGCGGGCGAGAUAAUCCAAUGCACGCGGCUACUGCCGCCUCGCGCGAUCCACAACGUACACGACGAGCUACCGUUGCACAACAACUCUACGCGAGCUCCCUCACGCUAGAAUCUCGGAAUCCUCCACCACCGAGCCUUUCAGUUGACAGCAAGUCGCGUUCUUCAUCACGACGGCCGUCUGUGUCGAGCACCCACAGCAAAUCUCCGUCCGACGAAGCCACCGCUUCCUCUUCGACACUCCUAGCAGCCGUAGCGGCAACGGCGGGUUCCGCAGGAGGGUCUCUGCCAAUGGGAACUUCUUACCCACCUACUCACAGCACCACCUCGCAGACGCAUCUACAUCAGGGCCUGGCAAGCGUUUCAAGUUCAACACCUUCAGCAGCUUCCUUAACGCAUUUGGACUCGCACGACCCAAGAAACUACUUUGAUUGCACACGAUUGUCUCGGGGCACUCGCCGCAUGACAUACGCCGGGCCCCAACCCGGACCUUCUUCGAGGAGCGGCGCUAUUUUGGGCGCGAAAGGUGAGUCCACGAAGGACGGGAGCAAGGGGACAUCCUAUACGGCCCAGGCUUUUUACCACCCCUCCGUUGUUACCUCCCCGUUGGCCAGUCCUCCACCUAAGGCACCCUCUGGGUCAAACUACACCCAACGUCAACUCUCAUUGUUUCCACCUCCCACCUCAUCCGUUCAACAACCCAUCACCCCCAACAGCAGCUCUACUCUAACCUGGAACCCACCUCGCGUUGAGGCCCCAACACCUCCAGUUCCACCUACCCCGAGUCACUUUCCAGAUGAGAAUCUGUACAGUGCAGUCACCGAGGACAACUUGAUGGUCGUGCACAGUCAUCACAGCGACACCAGCCCAAAUCACUUCUCGGAUGCCAAAUCAUCUUACGCUGCGAUAACCGAGGAUAAUCUCCUCGUCAUGCCCUCGCACCUUCAGAAUCGCACGUCUACCCGUUCCAAACGACGAUCAUUUGCCCCAAUUGAUGUCGCACUCCUCCAGAACAGCGAGCAAUCCAAUACACGACCAUUGAAGGAUAUUUCGACGAUGAUGGAACGACCGAUCCUCCAACCCAAACCCGUCAAGCCUAUCAACACGGUCAGCCUCGACUUCCAGGUCCAGGUCGCGGAGAAUCCAGCUGAAUCAGAUGAGCCACCUGAAACUCAUACAAAAACCAAAAGGAAGAGUAACGUUUUGAAGAAGGGCAUCAGCCUUGGCAUUGGGAAAAGCAUCGGUCAAAAGGGAACUCUCCUGGGUGUUCCUCGGAAUCGGGAAAGCACCGAUGUCUCACGAGAGCUGGAUGGGCUCGCGUCGAGGAUGGACUCGUCUUUCGUCGUAUUGGACGGCUCAGAUAUGCGUAACGGAUCAUGA